GCGACCGCGGCGGGAGGCGCGCGAGUGUUGUGUGUGUUGUGUUGACAGUGCCGAUGGCGCGAUAAUGUAGAGAUGUGCGCGCCGGCGACCGCGGCGCUGUUCCUGGCCGCGCUCUCCGCCCUGCCCUGUCGAGGUUCAGACGCCGACGUCUCCACUACGGCGAAUACGAAGUUAGAAAAGAAAUCCCUGCCAAUUCUCAACAAAGUCUACCGAAUGCUGCAUUCGACAACUCUUGAGCCAGUGUACAAUUUCACAAACUUAGAUUUCACUGAUUUUGACACUAAGCCGUGCUGUCAAACGAAAGAGAUGGAUACUAAAGGAAGAAAGAGACGGGUUGUGAAUAUAAAUCGAAUAAAUGAAAAUGUCACGUUCAAUAUGGAGUCCACGACUGCCUAUAGUCCUAUUUCGCUGGAGAGACGACGCAGGCCGGGCGAGACGGGCUCAAGCGCUCCUCUUCUCAAUUAUAUAUUUGAUACGUAUUCUAAUUCACAUCAGCAUAGAAAUGAAAGGCCAGGCAACGGCAACAGCAUCUACGUGGCUACGGGGCCGGAGAUAGAGGCGCUGGUGGGCUCCACUGCGCAGCUGGACUGCAAGGUGGACGCGCUGCAUGAUAAACUGGUAUCGUGGGUGCGGCGGAAAAAUGACGAGGAGCCGAUGAAAUUGCUCACCACGGGCACGCAGCUGUACACCGCCGACGACAGGUAUUCCGCCCGUUUCAUCCCGCCGGACAUCUGGCGACUGGAGGUGCGGCAGGUGAGACCGUCGGACGAGGCCUACUACGACUGUCAGCUGUCCGCACACCCGCCGCGCACUGCACGGGUCACGUUGAGAGUGCCAGAAGUGUCAGUCCGAAUAGUUGACGGAGCGGGGGCGGAGGUUUCAGAACAGGUCUGCGAAGUCGGCAGUACGGUGGCGCUUCGCUGCGAAGUGAGGGGGCUCCGCAUGGAAGGUGGACCCUCGCUGCUGUGGUACCGCCGGGAUCUGCUCCUUAAUGAUGACACCACGAGGGGUGGUAUCAGUGUCCGAACAGAGUUCGGUUCAAACGGCGCAAACUCUGUGCUGCGAGUUGCACGGGUGCGGGCUGAUGAUGCCGGUCUGUACUCGUGCACCGUCGCCCGCGCGCCGCCCCCCGCGCCGCCGCCCGCCCAAGUCACGCUGCACAUUAUCAAAGGAGAGAGUUUGGCAGAACUUCAUCAGGGGGCAGAGUCCACGUCAACGUCAAAAUGGCUGCUCCUGAUUCCAGCGAUACACCUGAUUUUACAUACAUUAUUGUAAUACUAUAUAAAUUGUUCAUUUUUAA